AUGGCCACUCACGCACACUCGGCGAGUCCUCGUAACAGUCAGGUCUUUCCCCCCCUGGCAUCCCGUCCACCAUCCACCCCUGCCCCUCCUCUACCUCAUUCGUCAAGUACAGUAUCUUUACCUAGCCCCGAGUCGAUGCACACGCAUCUCUCCUCCAUGACAGACCUGUCUUCGCAGCUCACGCGAGGACCACCGGUCGAUCCUCGCCGUGGCUUUAGUCCGUCAGUUGCAAAUACCCCGUGGCCACUUUAUCUUCUGUCUACAGACUCUCUGGUUCUGCCGGUUGUCAAAGAAAGCGCGAGGUCAUGUAAUUCAUCAACCACACUCGGCAGCGUUCUCAGCAGCUUAGAGUCAAACUCUGAUAUAUCGCCUGCGAAGGCCAUACAAUUCGACUUCCCAGAACCUCCUCCGAUCAGUCCAUUGUUGCGUCGUGUGAAAAGCUCACCCUUGUUAACCAAGGAUGACGUUAGUAUUGUUCAGCUGGGCGAGAGAGCUCCUCAUACAGCCGUCUUAAGGUUUACCAGGAAACAGUCUCCCGAUGUUUUCUCUGAUAUCCCAUCAGACUCAACUUCAUCACCCCUCGCCGACACCGCUCUCCAUGCAAUCUCGCAGGAACACCGCCUCAAUACCCAGCCAGAAUAUCAGGUUGUCCUCAAGUCGGCCAAUUGGUUAUCGCGACCGCCGGCAAGUCUCCCAGUUCCUUCCCGCUCAGGCUACAUUGCCAAUGACGACGACCGUUCCAACGUUCCUCCCUCUCUAUGUCACUCUUCUCGCCUCACCACUACUCCCUCCGCAACCUGUCCACCCUUUCCUCGCAAAGCCUCGAAAAUGAGAUCGUUGAAGUCUUCCCCAUCAAUUGAAAGUCUGGACACGCGGGCAGAGAAGCGAAAGAUCCACAACUCCAUCGAUCGUGGUCGAUCUGCAUGGAUGAAUAUCCGCAAGUCCUAUUCCAUGAACUUUUUUUGUUCGCCUGAGGCGGUGGCUCGACCUCGACCUCGACCUUCGCAUGGUCUCCACUCCCCCCUCAUGUCCAACCGUACUUCUCAGAGAGCGACUUACGUGACUUCUCCUGCGGAAUGGACCAAGACGUCUUAUCUCAAUUAUGGUGCGUUAAGUCGUAACGCCACGUCAAAGCCCUUGGUGCAACAAACGAGCACGAACACCGGCUAUAGAAUGUGGAAUGACCUUAACAGGGAAUCGGAGGAGUUGAAGUCCUUUAUGGAUAUAUCUCCAGAACGACGGCUGGGAGCCAGCAAGGACGCUGUGAAGAAGCUCUUGAGAAUAACUAGCGCCAUUUUGGAAUGGGGGAGAUUCAAAAGGUCAGGGAAGCAGUAG